AAUUCAAGAGGCAAUUGCAAAAAAGGAGAAAGAAGAAGCACAGCGAAAGUGCGAGGAGGAGAAGAAACGGAAAGAAGCAGAGGAAAAAAAACGAAAGGAAGAAGAAAGGUGCCAAGCUCUUAAGAAAAAGCAAGAAGAAGACGCCAUUAAAGCAAAGUGCGCAAUGGAAAACAUGCAAGAGGCACUUACAAAGAAAGAGAAAGAAGAAGCUCAAAGAAAAAAGUGCGAGGGGGAUAAAAAACAGAGAGAGGCCCGGGAAAAAGAAAAGAAGGAAGAAACUUCUAAGGCAAAGUGCGACUUUCUUAAAAAAUUAGAAGAACAAGAUGUUAUUAAGAAAAAAUGYGCAAUUAGAAAAAUUCGUGAUGCUACCGGAAAAAAGCAAGAAGACGCUAUUCGGCAAAAAUGCGCAAUGAAAAAAAUGCGAGAGCAAGAAGAAAAGGAACGUAAGGAAAAUGAGGCGCGCACAGCAAAAGCUAUUCUGUUUCGAUCCACUCUUUACAGAACAAAUUGCAAGCAAGACUUUCAGGCCGGCAACAAGGUAUCCAUUGUUGGUGCUGGACCCGUGGGCAUGGGCUGUGCCUUUGCCCUGCUAACAAAACGCGUCACGAAUAACAUAGCCAUCUAUGAUGUAAAGAACGACUUAAGUUCUGCUCAGCGCAACGACCUCCGACACGCAUCGCUUUUCCUUCAGAACUGCAACAUUGACAACAGCAGCACCAUUGAGUGUACCAAAAAUUCUCGCGUGGUAGUAAUUGCGGCUCGACCGAGCAGUAAACCAAACGAAUCAUGCCAGGAUCAGCUCCUCAGAUCGGCUGACAUGAUCAAGCAAAUCGUUCCUGAAUUACUCAAGCAGAGUCCAAAGGCUGUCUUUAUCGUUGUGUCAAGUCCCGUAGAUGUGAUGGCUUGGGUUGCCCGCAAGAUCACCAACCUUCCCUAUGAGCGCUGCUUCAGCACUGGAUGCCACUUGGAUACAGCGCGAUUCCGCAUGUUUAUAGGAAAGCUAUUGCGGGUGUCAACGAGCUCGGUGCAGGGAAUGGUGUUGGGRGAGCAYGGAGACACUUCGGUGCCAAUCUGGUCCUCCGUCAGUGUGGGCGGAACUCUACUAAAGGACUUGCUGCCGCCCAUAGGUACUGACAAAGAUCCGAUGGUAUGGUCGAAUGUUCACAAGAGCGUUGUUAAUGCGGCUUAUAAAGUAAUCGCUGGUAAGAACUAUACGAAUUGGGCGAUCGGUCUUACCGUUUCCGAUGUUGUGUCUGCCAUCUUC